CCUCGUUUACACCCAAAGCUAGAUAUGCACAUACUAGCGUUUUGGCUGGUGAUAGACUGUACUUUCUGGGUGGAUAUGUUGAUGGUGGACCAUCUAGCGAAUUAUUCUACCUCGAUCUUUCAGAUUCAUUUAAUACAGAAAGUCUCCCGUGGGUUGACCUUACAAACACCCACAGCAUUCCGGUGAAAAGUUCAUGGGCAGCGGCAACAAUCAGCGGUGAUGGUGUAUCAAUAUGUCUAAUAGGUGGAGAAAUGCUUGAUCAAGCGAAAAGUUUACUAUCAAACAAUAAUCUUGUUUACACGUACAAUACAAAUACUCAAUCAUGGUAUGCUCCCAGCAUUUCCGGCUCAACGCUAACGAGACGAAGGCAAGCCCAAGCUGUUACAGAUCGUUCGGGAAAAAUCUAUUAUUUCGGUGGGAGAUCUGAUAAUCUUACUGGGAACCCCUCAAACGACAUUGAUAAUAAUAAUUUAGAUAUUUUGGAUACAAUAAUGCAGAAAUGGAAUUUGGUCACGACAAUUGCAUCAAAUGGGGGCAUCAUAAUUUACGGAGGGAUAAACGGUGAUGGUCAUACAGUUUCUUUGCCACAAUUAGCAUUUCUCAAUACAUCCUUCGUGCCCUUUAAUUGGACCGUGCCACAAACUUAUGUGGCGGUCGGAUCGAACGUGCCACCGCCUUUAAGCUUACAUUCUGCCACAACCAUAGGGAAGUAUAUGAUUAUAGCUUUUGGAUAUAUCACGAGUGGCUCGAACAAUAAAUCGAGCACAAAUUCAGAAAUAUACUUAUUUGACAUAACUAUUUGGACUUGGGUCAAAGGAUUUGAUAAUGGAAGAUCAAGCCUACCCAUGAACUUUGGGAUAAUACUUGGAAUAACCAUAGGAGGAGGAGUAUUAUUAAUUUGUGGAUUAGUUUUCGGCACGCUGUAUAUUAUCAAGUCCAGAAAAGGGUCAUCUUCCGGAAGUCAACGACCACCGUCAUCCUUACCAAAUCCGAUCGGAGACAUUGAAGGUGUUGACGCGUACCCCAGGAUUGGAUCAAGUUCCAACUCUGAUGUCGAGGGAAAUAUUAGUAGACCUGUUUCGAGGAAUGAGGAUCCUUCGCGUCCGGCAUCAUACACAAGGAAUAGGUCACCAUCAAAUCCUCUUUUUGUUCCAUAUUCAAGUAUAAAACUUGGUGAGAAUGGAGAGGAAAGAAGGCUAUAA